GUGUUGUGUGAAUGAUAAUCAUCAUCAUUAUCUUUAUCAUUAUGUCGAUGAUGAGGAUUGUGGGUGAAUGGAGCGAUGAAGAUUGCAUGAAGGUUGAUGAAGACAAGCUUGAUUUGUCUUUUGUUAUCCCUCGUUAGGGCAACUUCGAUCCUUUGGCAAGCUUGUUACUACUUACUUACUCUCUUUGAUCUCUUUGUCUAUGUGCUUCGUUUAGUUUGUUUACAGUUUUUUUUGCGUUAGCGUCUUGAAUUGUGUUAUGUUUGUGCUUGACAGCUUGAAUGUGUGUGUGGUGUUGUAAACUUGUAAUCCCCUGUGAUGCACCACUCAAGUGUGUUUUCCCUAUCUGUGUGAGGAAUAAACGAAUAUUCGGUUU